AUGUGCUGAAAUUUUCUUAGCUACUUAUUAGUCUUAAGAUAUAUUUGUUCAUCAUUGAAUAUUAAUUAACCUAUUUAUGUGUCGUUUCUCCAUAAUUUAGGUAUUUGUAAAUUUCAAAAAUAUCACUAAACCUCCCAUUGUAGAAAUUAAAGCAUUUUAGAGAGGGAGAGGGGAAAAAAGUAUGAAUCAAUUAGCAAUGGCUGAUAGUACUAUUACACGUCCAUUGGCAAAUUAUCACUCAAGUGUUUGGGGAGACUAUUUCCUCUCCUACACUCCUCAACUCACAGAAAUUACUAGCCAACAAAAACUUGAACUUGAAGAGUUGAAAGAAAAAGUCAGGCAAAUGUUAGUUGAAACUCCUGAUAAUAGUACACAAAAACUUUUCUUGAUUGACACAAUCCAACGAUUGGGAGUGGCAUAUCAUUUCGAAAAUGAGAUCAAAGCAUCCAUUCAAAAUAUUUUUGAUGAGUCUGAACAAAAUAAAAAUGAAGAUGAUGACAAUGAUCUUUACGUUGUUGCUCUUCGUUUUAGACUAGUUAGACGACAAAGGCAUAACAUGUCUUCUGAUGUGUUCAAGAAAUUCACCAACCAUGACGGAAAAUUCAAGGAAAGUCUUACUAAAGAUGUUGAAGGAUUAUUAAGCUUAUACGAAGCAGCACAUCUAAGAGUACACGGAGAAGAAAUUCUUGAAGAAGCUCUAUCUUUUACUGUUACUCAUCUCAAGUCCAUGGGCCCUCAAUUGGGUAACUCACUCAAGGCUCAAGUUAGUGAAGCCUUGAUCCAGCCCAUUCAUAAAAACGCAACAAGAGUAGUAGCUCGUAAAUACAUGCGUAUUUAUGAGAACAUUGAAUCACGUGAUGAUUUGCUUUUGAAAUUUGCAAAAUUGGAUUUCCACAUUUUGCAAAAGAUGCACCAAAGAGAGCUUAAUGAACUUACAAGGUGGUGGAAAGAUCUGAAUCCUGAAAAAAAUUACCCAUAUGCAAGAGACCGAUUAGUGGAAUAUUAUUUUUGGCCAGCGGGGGUGUAUUUUGGAUCUCAAUAUGGACGUGCAAGAAGGACGAUAACAAAAUUACUUGCUAUCAUUACCAUUACUGAUGAUCUGUAUGAUGCUUAUGCAAUUUAUGACGAACUUGUGCCUUUUACCAGUGCAGUCGAGAGAUGUGACAUUAGUGCUAUGGAUUCGAUAUCGCCCUACAUGAGACGACUUUAUCAAGUCUUUUUAGAUUAUUUUGAUGAAAUGGAAGAAGAUUUGACCAAAGAUGGUAAAGCACACUAUAUCUACUACGCAAAAAUUGAGACGAAUAAGUGGGUCAGAAGCUAUCUUAAGGAAGCGGAAUGGUUGAGAGAUGGCAUUAUUCCAAAAUGCGAUGAAUAUAAGAGAAACGCUACUAUAACCGUUUCCAAUCAAUUGAUUUUGAUUACUUGUUUGAUUGUUGCGGAGGAAUUUAUAUCCAAGGACAUGUUUGAAUGGAUGAUAAAUGAGUCUUUGGUUGCUCCAGCUUCAUCACUAAUCAAUAGAUUAAAGGACGAUAUUAUUGGACAUGAACGCGAACAACAAAGAGAACAUGGAGCUUCAUUCAUUGAAUGUUACAUGAAAGAAUAUGGAGCUUCGAAAGAAGAGGCUUAUGGUGAGGCUUGGAGGCAAAUUGGAAAUGCAUGGAAAGACAUAAACACAGAUUAUUUACAUGCCACUCAAGUACCAACGUUUGUCCUUGAACCUGCUUUAGAUCUUUCACGUCUCGCAGAUAUUCUCCAAGCAGAUGAUUUUAACGAUUCGCAAAACUUCCUUAAAGACACAAUCACCUUAUUGUUUGUCGACUCUGUUUAUAGUACAUCAUCUGGAUAGUCGUACGUACCAUUCAUCAAGUGUAUGUUUUAAGCAAACAAUGGCUCCAAUGUUUCUAACAAGUGAUUGCUGCAUGCAAUUGCGUGAGUGUGUGGUUUUCUUUAUAAUUCUAAUAAUGUUUGCAUGAGUUCAUGUGUGUUGUCUUUUCACUCAUUUUUCUUUUUAUAAAAUGUACAACAAUAUAUGAAGUUGUAUUGAAGCGGGUUUCUAUUCAUUUUAGAAAUGAAGGUGAAAGAGAAAUCACUUUGAGCUUUGUUAA